AGUAGUAUUCAAUAUUUACAUUUCAAGUCACCUGAUUUAUAUUCAGCUGACUUUAAUCAUGGAACAAACCCCGUAAAGUCUCUAGUUUAGUGAAAGUAUGAGGUUAUGUGGAUAGAAACUUUUAUUUUCUGCGCUGACAUGUUUCUGUGGCUGUGUUUGUAGCUCGUGUGUGUUUAUAUUAGCACAGUUAGCUCAGUUAGCUGUUAGCCGUUAGCAACUAAUCUCUUUAAUUUUAAAGGCGCAUUGUUUUCGUGUAAACAUGGACAAAGUCAUUAAAGAUGUUGGCGAUAUCCAGUCCAGACUAUUGGACCACAGACCCAUUAUCAAUGCAGAGACGCGCUACUUUGUGAGGGAGUUUGAGGAGAAGCGUGGCCACAGGGAGAGUCGACUGCUGGACAAUCUCUAUAAAAGUGUGACAGAAACCAACGAACAACGGCAGAACUCCAGCUCCGAGGAAAUAAAGCAGCAUCUGGCUGACGUCAUCGCACGAUUGGGGGCUGCAAAUCACGUGGUGCAGAGGAUCCAGCAGAGGGAGCUAGAAGGACAACAGAGCAAACAGCUUCAGGAGAACAUGGAGCACUUAAAGGAGCAGUGGGCAGAGUUUCUGAAGGAGCAGCAGAGACUGAAGGAGGAGGUGGACGAGGAACACGCCAAGGCUGUUGGAGGAAUCAGCGCUAAGUACAACGAAAUGAAGAAAGACUUGGACAAAUUAGACAUCUGAUCUGCGAUUGUUCACGAAGGUAACACGGUUUAUUAUGGAACUGGAAACCGUACGCUCGGCCUGCUGGAGUUCUGCAGAAGCUAAUUAGAGACAGUGAUGGAUGUAGUCAGCGCUUGGCAAAAACAACUCGGACAUGAACUUGCACAAAGCUAGCAUAUCCCUAAUCACGUGUAAUAAAGCUGUGAUUAAAAAGCUGGAUUUUCAGACCAUGAACGCCCCUGUUUUUGUUCCUUUGGCCCACAGCAAACGCACCAAACGUCCCGGAACAUGUCACAUUUGAACAACCCCGUCCCCGGACUGCGUUUUUGGGCUGUGACGUUUUCAACAUUUCAGAAUAUGUUUAAUGGACUCCUGCCUAAGGGGUCCCGAUGACACGCAUUCAUCACACAGGUGAACGCCGCCAAGCGAGGCCCCGCUCUGUGAUUUACGUAUCCGUAGCAACCGUCGGGAGCAGGUGUGUUUUAAAGCGCAGGCCACAUGUCGUAGAAGUGAGCGCAAACAGAUCUCGUUCUGCGGUGGAAUGUUUGACCUCCUCCAGUAAAUUGAACCAAAUCAAAGGUAGAAAAAAAAAAAAAAAGCAGCUUGAACGAUCACCAGCAGCUGCGUAGUGUUUACUCUGCCACCUGCCGUAGCGAUAUAACGAUCACGACUCCGCUAUUUCUCCGACUGUUUAGACAGAACGAAACAUAAAUCUCUUUUCUUAAUGACUUCUCUGUUUAGGUUUCCCAUUGAACACACGUGCGUUUACAGUGCGAAUGUAUAGAACUGCUUUCAGCUACUUGUACCUCUCUCCUCUGCAUGUCUUCAACUUAAUCUACCAAAGCUGCUGCGUUUCAGGCGGUGGAGUAAAUGUUGAUACCAAAACUCAACACUUGGUGACGCCGUUUCAUUCAACAAAUCUCACUGAAGCGUAUCCGUUUGGUCGCGUUUGUUUUAGAUCUUUCCCACUGAACACACAUGCGUUUACAGUGUGAAUGUAAAGGACUGCUUAAACUUUAACAUUUAGACCACGUGUGUCAAACUCAAGGCCCCCGAGCCGAAUGUGGCCCGCCAGGUCGCUUUAUGUGGCCCACGGCAAGGUAAAUUAAAAGGUAUGACUGUCUCAAAAUGUCAGUUUAUCAGGAGAUGUGGCCCUCGAUGAAAAUGGUUUUGACACACACCUGAUUUAGACUUUCUGAAACGCAGCUUUGGUAGAAUGAUACCGAAACUCAACACUUGGCGGCGCUCUGUCCUUCAACAAAACUCCGUGAAGCCUGUCCCGUUUGAUCGCAUUUGUUUUAGAUCUUUCCCGCUGAACACAUAUACGCAUAGAACUGCUUUGAGCUACUUGUACCUCUUUCCACCUCAUGUCUUAAACUUAACAUUUAGACCACAUGUGUCAAACUCAAGGCCCCCGAGCCAAAUGUAGCCCGCCAGGUUAUUUUAUGUGGCCCACGGCAAGGUAAAUUAAGUUAUCACUGUCUUAAAAUGUCAGUUUAUCAGGAGAUACACAGUUGUACAGCCACAUAUUUAAUCUAUAGAAAUGCACAUGCAAUAUUUUUAACUUGAAUAAAUACAGAAACGGCUAAUGAACAAGUUAAAAAAGUAGUGGCCUUUGAGGGCAGCUAAUUUGGUAACGUGGCCCUCUGUGAAAAUGGUUUUGACAUCCCUGAUUUAGACCUUCUGAAACGCAGCUUUGGUAGAUUGAUGCCAAAACUCAACACUUGGCGGCGCUCUUUCAUUCAGCAAAACACGGUGAAGCACGUCCCGUUUGAUCACAUUUGUUAAGGCAAUACAGGAAAUAAGAUGUUAAAGAUUAAAAUAUAAACUAGAAUGGAGUCCUCUAACAAAUUUCCAAAUCUAAAAUGAGCUGUUAACUUGAAAACCACCACUUGAUGACAUCACAAGGUGGAACAGAGCAUUUUGAGCUUUGCAAAUGUUACAGACUAAUAAUAAAGUGUCACUCAAACAUGUGUGAAUGAAACAAAACACAACUCCAGGUCUUAUUUUGAGGAGGAAACAGCGUUAGAACACGACUUAAACCUCACAGGAGUCAGUUUUGUGUAAUAUAGGAUUUAUAAAGUAGUAGUAGUACUAUUAUGUACACGGUAUAAUUUUUAAACAAAAGCUUGAACUUACAAUGUGUGGCUAACAAUGCAACGCUAACAAUCACAGAACUGUAAGACGUGUGGCGUUUAUGUCAAACAGCUGAUCCUCGAGGCCACGUCAUGUUUGCACUUUUUGUAUUAAAUGUUGUUUUCUCACAUAAUAAAUAAUAAUGUAUCUAUAGAAAUCUC